GAUCACUUGGACAAUUCCUGAUUGAUCCGAUUCGAGGUCGUGUCGGUUUGCCGCGGCAAUGAGAGCUCAGCUGUAGCCGCCACGAAAUGCAGGUCAGCCUGGGCACAUUCUCAAUUCCAGUCCAAGUAACGAACAGGUAGCAUCAUGUGGAUCUUGCCGAGGAAGGUAGUACCCCAUCAUGGGGCACGUCCAACCCACUUUACUGGACGAACAGACCUACUAAAGCGAAAGGAAGUCAUGGCCAGCAGUAUCGGCAUUCGCACACUAAUUCUUAUAGAAUAGAGAAACACAGAAUAAUUUGGAGAAUUCGGUGAUUCGUUUAUACUGCGGUAAGCUCACGCCGCGAUCCCCAAACAAAGCUGAUAUGAUCAUGACGUUCCUCAUGAAGAGGAAAAAUGGACGAAAACCGCCGUUACCCUAUACAGCGUCGCCGUUGGAGUUGCUGUGGGCCGACAUUCUCCUCGUCCUCAAGAGUCUAUGGAGUCUGCCGGGAAUAUUACUCCCGAUGACCCCCUCGGGUGAGCUCGAUGAAUUAUACCCGUCGAAAGAGAAUAUUGUCAAUCUUAUUGCCCAUGUUUGUCUGGCGUUAUGCCAGGUGGCUUUCUUACUGUCGGUGCUGGGAUGUUUCUUGUUGAUGGUGCCGGCACUGUGGAUCUCCAUAUAUGUGGUGGCCUUUGUAUGGAUAAACCGAGUCAUCUGCGCACUUAUAUUCAAUUAUUCGGACGAGGUAAUAGAAUCAACAGUCCCGAUCGAGGAGCGACCGGAACAUGAACGGGAACGUUGGAUAUUUAUCAAUGGAGUCGCGGUCGGACAUCAUUGGUUGCAAAAUAACAUCGACCGGCUUGCCUAUACUUUUGGCAGGAAAGUCAUUGGCGUACAUAAUCCAACGGACGGCAUCGUAUUCGAUGUAAUCGAGUGCUUGAUCCAAAGGAACUUUACAUUCGCAACUCCGGAUACAAGAGAUGGUUAUGCCAUCACCAAAGCGACACUGUUGAAUCCGAAAUAUGAGAAAGUGGUCCUGAUCUUGCACAGCCAAGGUGGCAUUGAGGGAAGUCUCAUCAUCGACUGGCUCCUGGACGAACUACCUGAAAGCGUCCUUCGCAAACUCGAAGUAUAUACGUUUGGCAACGCUGCCAACCACUUCAAUAACCCGUACAAAUCGCUUUCGGGCUCCCGGGAGCUGCCCGGUAGAGGCUCAACGACAUCAGAUCAGGAUGCCUCGGUGCAAGUGGGGAAGAGUGUUCUCCAUAUUGAGCACUAUGUCAAUGCUUUCGAUUUUGUAUGUGUUUGGGGGGUACUGCAAUUUGCCAGAGUUCCAAACCGCUAUAUGGGUCGAAUCUUUGUACGGUCGGGUUCGGGUCACCAGCUAAACCAGCACUAUCUAGACAUGAUGUUCACGUUAGGACCAGACAGGAGGGUCCUUGACACCAAUGAGUUUAUGGAAAUGGGGGCGAGAACGGUCGAGUAUGAGAAAAUCCUACCGAAACACGUCAGACACGAGAGGAAUGAGGUGCUCGUCACCAACAAGCGCCCGUCGGAUCCCAACAGAACAACCCCUGCGAUCCCACUUGGACUUGGAAGUCAACACGAGGAAAGGCCGGUGAAGGUCAAAGAUCUCAGCCGGUUAUGGCAGUAUCGCAAUGGUGGUUCGCCUGUGGAUGGGUGAUAUAACGGUGUAUAGAUAGGAAGGGUUUGGCUCCACCUUGCUUCUUGUUAAGUAUUUUGAUUUCCCCCUAUUUUACCCUAGGCAUUUCUAUAGAGAGGAGAACAUUCC